AUGUGCAAAAAUCACUCUUCAAACCCUUCGAAAAACGAGAUUUUCUCAAGAACGACUAAUCGACUCAAAUGGGAUCUCUGGGUUCUGCUAAUACUUUGCUGGUGCGUCGGACUUGCGACGGCCAACCGGGCGCCCGUGUUCCUCAUCGAUGACCACGCGGAAAUCGUCAUACGGCUUAAGGAGUUCCCGGAGACGCCGGUUGGGACGCUCAUAUAUCGGUUACGGGGCUACGACGCCGACGGUGAUCCGCUAACGUUCGGCGUGCAGAAGAGCGCCGACAGUCACAUCAUCCGGCUGACGCAGAACAAGUCCACCGAGGCGUACGUCUUUCUCAACCACGAGCUCGACCGGGAGGCCCGGGACGAGUAUACGCUGAUCCUUACCCUCACCGAUGGUCGGCUCGGCGAGGGAAACUUUGUGACGCAGAGCUUCCUGCUGCUGGUGGAGGAUAUCAACGAUAACGAGCCGAUCUUCCGGCCAUUUGCGUCGGUGCUGGAGGUACCGGAGGACAGCCCACCGGGUAUCCUCACCACACUGGAGGCGGUCGAUCGAGACGAGGGAGCCUAUGGGCAGGUGGUUUACUACAUCCAAGGUCCACGGGAGGAAGACAAUGUGUUCUCGGUUGCUACGGUCAACGGGAAGGGCGUGGUGCGGUUGGCAAGGGGACUGGACUACGAGAGGCAGCAUUUCUACCACAUCAAUGUGUUGGCGGUCGACCGGGCGAUUCAGGGUCGAAUCAACACUGGAACGGCAGCUUUACUCGUGAGAGUGAAAGAUGUCGAAGAUCAGCCACCGGAGUUUCUCGUGACGCAGCCGGUAGUAAGAAUCGCUGAGGACGCUCCCGUUGGGUCGGAAGUUUUGCGAGUGAAAGCGGUAGAUGGCGAUCGGGGAAUCAAUAAUCGCAUCCGCUACGGCAUAGCGAACAACGCUAGUGAGCUUUUUGAAAUUGAUCGAUACAAGGGCUCCCUCAGGACGCGUCAGAAGCUCGACCGAGAGGACCCAGGAAAUCCGAUCAAUGGAGCGUUUAUCCUGGAAGUGGUCGCCACGGAGGAAAGCAAACUGAAGCCACCACCGUCGGCCACGAUGGAGAUCACGGUGAUUGUGACGGAUGUGAACGACGAAGUGCCUCGGUUCCGGAGCGAAUCGUACGAGUGCGAAAUAGGAGAGAACGCACAAGAGAAUACGCUGGCCACGUUCCUCGAGGGGAGCAUGAACGAAGUGUUCGAUUACGAUCAGGGCAAGAACGGUACGUUCCGGCUUUCGUUGCAACCGCCAAGCGAUAUCUUCGAGGUGAUCCCAAAGAAAGCCAUCAACGAGGCUACGUUCGGUAUCCGAGUGCGCAAGUCGGCACUGCUAGACUACGAGCGACUGCGUCAGGUAAACCUAACUCUGGUGGCUAGCGAGGUGGAGAUGGGUGGCCGUAGCAGCACGGCCCAGCUGCGUAUCCUCAUACGCGACCAGAACGAUAACUUCCCCGAGUUCAGUCGGCCAGUGUACGAGGUGAAUGUGCCAGAGAACGUAACGACGGGCACGGUGUUGGUGCGGGUCGAGGCCACCGACAUCGAUUCAGGCGAAUUCGGAACGGAAGGCAUCCGGUACACGAACCUAACCGGAGGCAUAGCGUCCUCUCUGAAGCUGGAUUCUCAAACAGGCACCAUCACAUUCGCCUCGACUCGAGAGGAUCCACCAACGUUCGACCGGGAAAUCGUACCGGUACAUUACCUCUCGGUGGAGGCGCGGGACAACGGUGGUCGGGGCAACCGGAACACGGUGCAGCUGGUACUGAACCUGCUCGAUGUCAACGACCAUGCACCAGUUUUCGUCCAAAAGCAGUACGAGGUGAGACUACGGGAGAACGCAUUCGAGUUCGAGUCGCCUAUCGCCGUCGAAGCGCGCGAUCUGGACCAAGAAGGCACUCCCAAUAGCGCCAUAGAGUACCGUUUACUCGGGAGUGUCCACUCGGAGCACUUCCUUGUGGAUCGGCGUACUGGGAGGCUUUCGGUACGAGAAGCGGUUGACUUCGAACGACUCGAGGGUGGUCAGUCCGAUACGCGUCCUAUUGCGCUCACGGUAGAAGCCCGGGACGGCGGAGAGCCACAGAUGAGUGCGCAGGUUACGGUGACGGUGUUCGUACAGGACGUUAACGAUCAUGCGCCCGUGUUCUUGGAGGCGCAGUACUCCCUCACCGUGCCAGAGGACACACCAGCUAAUCUGCCUAUCUUACGCGUUGUGGCAAUGGAUUCGGACGGCUCCUUUCCGAACAACCUGGUCAGCUAUCGCAUCCAACAGGGUGCGGAUGGAAGGUUUGUGAUCGGCUCUGAGACGGGAGAAAUCUCCGUGGCCAGCGGAGCCUCUCUUGAUCCGAACCUGCUCAGUCCGGAUGAAAUGAACGAUGGAUCGAACUUUGUACUGGAAGUAAUCGCAACCGAUGGAGGAAACGGUGAUCAACAGCUGCAGGGUUCGUGUUUGGUCAACGUAACCGUCACCGAUGUCAAUAACAAGCCGCCUUACUUCAUCGGUCCCACGUCAGUCGCUAUUCGUGAAAACACACCCGUCGGCACUGAAGUGUAUCGAUUGCUGGCCGCAGAUCCGGAUGAAGGGGCCAUGCUUAGGUACUACAUCGAUCGCAGUCAAUCCGAGGGUAAGACGGAGGAAGGCGCUCUGGUGAAAUUGGACGAUUAUGAUUUUGUGGCGGCAUUCGUCCUCAACGAAACCAACGGCUUACUUAAGAUAGCGAAGCUGCUGGAUCGUGAGAAAAUUUCGGAUAUCAAACUAGCGUGCGUGGUGGAGGACGUUGCGGCCGAACGGGGUGAUCAGAUGGCAACCACCGUGCUCCGGGUGACGAUCCUCGACGAGAACGACAACAAUCCCAAGUUCCGCAAACCGUUCUACAAACACUCGAUCGCCGAGAACAGCCAGUUCGGGGUGCCGGUGUGUACGGUGGUAGCGGAGGAUGCCGACCUCAACAAGACCAUCCGGUACAACUUGGAGGGAGAGCCGGCGGUAUUGGAGCUGCUGCACGUGGACGAGCAGACGGGCGAGCUGGUGGUGCGCAAUCGGAUUGAUCACGAGGAGUUCGGUUGGCUCAACUUCUCGGUGCGCGCGGUUGAUUCUGGCGUUCCACCUCGGGCUUCGUUUGUUGAGGUGUUCGUCCAGGUGUUGGACGAGAAUGAUAACAAUCCUUAUUUCGUGGAUGGUAUCAGUGAUUUCUACGUGGCGGAGAAUGCUUCCAUAGGGACUGAAAUAGCGGUCAUCCUCGCGAAGGACUUGGAUUCGGGGGAUUUUGGGCGUAUAACGUAUAUAUUGGAUCGGAUAAGUUCGAAGGAAAAGUUCAACAUCGAUCCGGAGAAGGGUGUCUUACGGGUUGCAGGUCCGCUGGAUCGAGAAGAUACCGAUGAGUACAUGAUGGCGGUUGAAGCUUGGGAUAAUUACCCCUACGGAUAUCUGAAUGGGGAGAGUCGUAAUGCGUUUAAGCACAUACUAGUCCACGUGACGGACGUAAACGAUAAUGUACCGGUGCUGCAGAAGCCAACGGGAUGCAGCAUGGUCACAGAGUACCACAACAUCAACGAGCCGAUUGUGAAGCUUCGAGCGACGGAUGCGGAUGACCCGGUCGAUGGAAAUGGCCAGGUCAGUUUCGACAUCAAUGAUGCCUCGGGGAUCUUCUAUAUCCAGCAAAGUGCGGCUCAUUCCGCGGAAGUGUAUGCCCGUGGCCCACUGAAGAACUUAUACGGCAACUAUACGCUCGAGGUUCUAGUGAGUGACCUCGGCGCCGUACCGAAUACGGUUCGUGAUACGGUGGAAAUCUGCGUGACCGACUUCAAUGACCAUCCUCCGGUGUUUGUGGUUCCGAAUGGGAAUGCAACGGUGAAGGUGUUUGAGAACAUAACGAUCGGCAAGCCCUUCUUCCAAGUGCACGCCUACGAUGAAGAUGUGGGAGAAAACGCCAUCGUUCGCUACCGGCUGAAGAUGGACUCGGCGGGAAAUUAUCGAAUGUUUGCUAUCGACAAGGACACCGGGGAAAUCAGUGUGGCUUCGCCGUUGGAUCGCGAGCUGCAGAACGUCUACGACUUGCGAAUCGAGGCAUACGAUCAAGGUGUUCCGACGCCACUAAGCAGUAGCGUUGAUCUGAUGGUUUACGUUCGGGAUGUCAAUGACAAUCAGCCACAGUUCUUGUUGAAGGAAAUUAGCCUCAAUUUUACCGAACAUACGACAACCGGGGUGGAACGGAUACGUCUACCGGAUACCGUCGAUCAUGACUAUCUGGAUCCACUCGAGGGACCAUCAUCGACGGUUUGCUACUACAUUGUCCAGGGCAACGAAGAUGGACACUUCAUGCUGGAUCCUUUCUCACAUGAUUUAACGGUUGGGAAAGAACUAGACCGUGAGAUGAAAUCUCGCUACAAACUCCACAUCAAGGCGUCGGAAGAUUGUACGAAUUUGAAUACGACCUCACAUUCGGUACCCAUCGGUAACGGGGGAAACUUGCUCAAGGUGACCAUCUACGUGAACGAUAUCAAUGACAACUCGCCGAUGUUUGAGUCGCAAAUCUUCACGGGAGGAAUCUCCACCUCAUCGCAGUUCGGUUCGACGAUCCUACAACUGAAGGCCAAUGAUGCUGACGAUGGGCCUAACGGGCUUGUGCGAUACUAUCGGCAUGGGGAAAUUCGAAAAACUCUUGCCGAAGGCCUCGACGAACUUCGGACCGAUCCGUUCCUGGUGGACAUCGAAACAGGCAAGGUGCUGCUUAACUUCUUCCCUCAGAAAUCCAUGCGCGGAUAUUUUGAUUUCUCCGUUACGGCCAACGAUUCCUACGGGUGCCACGAUCGGGCGCACGUGUUCAUCUACCUCAUACGGGAGGAUCAACGGGUGAAGUUUAUCCUUCGCCAGCGACCUUCGGAGAUACGGCACAAUAUCAACAGCUUUCGAGAAAUCCUAAGCAAUGUUAGCGGUUGUAUUGUCAACAUUGACGACAUUCGGUUGCACGAAAACCCGGACGGUUCCGUCGAUCGUACGAAAAGCGACAUGUUCAUGCAUCUGGUCGACCAGAAGAACAACUCCGUCCUAGAAGUUCACCAGGUCCUACAGCUUCUGGAUAAGCAUGUCGAGAAGCUGGAUAGACUUUUCAAGGAGUUUAACGUCCUCGAUACACAAGCCUCGGAGCUUAUACAGACUGCCGAGAUGGAUGAGCUUUCCGUGAACAUCGUUUGGCUGUUUGUGACGAACCUUAUCCUAGGCUCGCUACUAAUCGUUGUGAUAGGCGUUUCGGUGUCGUCACGGUUAUCCUACCGGAGGCGAUUGCGCGCAGCCAAGAUAGCCGCUUACGGCACCUCGGGGCCAAGUCGGAUGUAUCAGGAAGUGCUUGGUGCGGUUCCGAACACUAACAAGCACAGUUUGAAGGGAAGCAACCCUAUAUGGAUCAGUGACAACGAUGGCGAUUGGCCGCGGGAUGAAUUCGAUAAAUGUAAGGACGCGAUUGACGCGCAAUACGAGCGAUCGCUGAGCUCCGGGUUCUUUAUCGACAACUGCCAGCUGCAGUACGAGGGACGCCGGGGAGUUGCAGCCGGUGGAAAUGGAGGACCGGAGGCGAACAACGCGGCCAACUACCGGAUUAAGAAGGGGAACGAUGAGUCGACGCUGUGCGUGGCAAGAAAUUUGGAAACUACGGAGUUGUAA